AUGGAUGGACAUUUAAACUCUUACUCAGCAGCGGGCAGCGAGGGCAGCAUCUCCACCUCAGUAGCGUCGCUGCCACCCCAGGCGUCUGGCAGCUCGGCCCCCAGCUCCCCCAGCUCCAGGCGCUCCGUCAGCACCCUCAAGAAAUGGCUCACAAACCCGGUGCGCAAGCUCAGUACUGGAGCCACAGCUAAAGGGGACCGUCAGGUUCGAAAGCUAGAUGGAAAGUCCCCUCCUGUGCCCUCACACCCCAUUCAGGACCUGGGCAGCCCACCGCGAUUGGACGAGAGCUUCACCAUCCUCCCCAUGACGCACUCAAUAGAGUGGAAAGAUGGCCUGGCCAGCCCUGAGGACCUAUCUCCAGCGACACUCCAGUCCCCCACUGACUCCCUGAUUGGCUGCACAUCUAUACCAAACAACCAGGACACUCAGUCUACCAUGGUCGGACUAGAAGACCGCGCCUCAGUCAUAAUGGACGACACCUCCAGCCAGUCCUCUGCCCCGGCCGAGACCGAGGAGGAAAGGACAAGUGCCUUAGAGAAGAGCAUGUAUGUGCUAAAAGAGCUCAUUGAGACAGAGAAGCACUAUGUAGCAGACCUGAGCUUCAUAGUUGAGGGAUACAUGGCCACUAUGAAUACCAAAGGUGUACCGGAGGACAUGAAGGGAAAGGACAAGAUUGUUUUUGGAAACAUUCACCAAAUAUUUGACUGGCAUAAAGACUACUUCCUGGGUGAGCUGGAGAAGUGUGUAGCAGAGCCGGAGAGACUCGCCCAACUUUUCAUCAAACAUGAGAGACGUCUGCACAUGUACGUGGUGUACUGUCAGAACAAACCCAAAUCAGAGCACAUUGUGUCCGAGUACAUAGAAACUUAUUUUGAGGAGCUCCGGCUGCAGCUGGGACACAGGCUGCAGCUGAACGACCUGCUUAUCAAACCUGUGCAGAGGAUCAUGAAGUACCAGCUGCUGCUCAAGGACUUCCUUAAGUAUUACACCAAAGCUGGAGUGGACAUCGAGGAUUUGGAGAAAGCAGUCGAAGUGAUGUGCUUUGUGCCAAAACGGUGCAACGACAUGAUGAAUGUGGGUCGUCUGCAAGGCUUUGAGGGGAAGAUCACAGCACUGGGCAAACUGCUACUACAGGACACGUUCAUUGUUACGGAGCAGGACAGUAGCAUCCUCUCCAGAAUCAAAGAGAGACGGGUUUUCCUCUUUGAGCAGCUGGUCAUCUUCAGUGAACCUAUUGAUAAGAAGAAAGGCUUCUCCAUUCCUGGAUACAUCUUCAAAAAUAGCAUAAAGGUGAGCUGCCUGGGGGUGGAGCCCCUUGUGGACGGAGAGGAUGCACGCUUCGUCCUGACAUCACGGAACCCAGAUGGAAGUGUGGUGCGCUUCCAGCUCCAAGCCGCCUCCCCUGACACCUGCAGGGCCUGGGUCAGCGACGUGAUGCAGAUCUUAGAGUCACAGCGCAAUUUCCUCAAUGCCUUACAGUCCCCGAUCGAGUACCAGCGCAGGGAGAGCAAGUCUAACAGCCUGGGCCGCAGCAUGAGGCCACCUCUGUCUGCCACCUCCUCCCUGAGGCCACACUCCUCGGCCUCCAUUGACCGCCACAAGUUCCCCUCUCUGCAUUCACACAACACGUCAUUGCCUGCGCUCUAUCUGCCCAGCCAGACCCAGGGCUCAGCAAACACUGAGACGUUUGCCCUGCGUGAGCCCACUUUAGUCCAGCCGUGCUCUGCAGACUCCCACACUGUUUCUCUGUCACAUGUCCAGCUGGGCUUCAAUGACCAGUCCAGUGUUCAAGCUGUAUCAAACGGUCUCUACUCCUCCAGCUCACAAUGUGCACAGCAGAGGGCAGCAGAGAGUUGUCGGAGGGGGCCGCUCUGUGAUGCUGGUUCUAAUGUGUCAGGACCUUCAGCAGGACGGAGACCCAGUAACUUGGCCCAAUUGACCGAAGACUAA